CCGCUCACAGUGUGCGCGGAGUGAAGUGUGUGGGGUUGGCUGCGGGACCGUGUUUUCGCCAGUGCCCGAGCAGAGACGUCGUCCCCUGUGCCCUGGAUUUUAAACCCUGGGAUACAGAAUACACCUGCUGUUGUCAACCGUUUAGUGACCGUGGAUGCAGUGGCAGCUACGCCGGAUUAAACACUCGCCCGGGACCAGCGCCGGAGUUGGGGCCGUUCGUUCAGAGUGCAGUGACUUCGUGUCAAUGACCUUGGAUUGAGCACUGUCGCCGUACUGCAAAAUGGUUCCUGCCCCAGUCGGCGUGCUGCAUAGCAGUGGCCGGCGUGUGCGGACGUCCAGCGGGACCUUCCGGGGCGGCUGCUCGCUCAGAGACCCGAGUACCGGUCAUCGCUGAGCCACCUGGCCGUCGUCGACCCACCCCAUCUUGUACCGCGCGCACGCCGACACCUCUUCGGUUUGUGAUGGCAGUAUUCCGAGGUGGUGGGACAUACUGCUGACGACCGACUGCGUCUGAACGGCGGCGAGCUCGUAGCGGGGUGGCUGGCGUGCUGGGGAGCAAGAGCGUGUGAUCGUGGCUGCCUGGGAGGAGCCGCCUGCGAUGCCUUUCAUAGAGGAUGACCUGCUCUGGUGCCCCAACACUGAUGGGAAGAUGGUCGACCUCUCGUGCCUGGACAGUGGGCCCAAUGUGCUGGUGGAGCCACAGGGGGAUGUUCUACAGGAACUAACGCACACAGAUCUUCAUGGAUUGGGUAUCGACGAGGAAGAGGAAAUUCUGCAGCAGCUGGCCGACCCCAAUUUCGAGAUUGACGCCAUCUUUGCUGAUUUGCACGAGCCCCAGGGUGCACCGACUGCUGUUGCCGUGGCACCCCCACCCCCAUUGCUCCAGCCACAGGAUGAUCUCAACAGCAUCAUCCGAAGGCGCCGCCGCCGCCGGAGUGAUGAUGGUGCUCCGGAAUGCAGUGGCCUACAGCCUUCAUUCCACCCGGUGACCGUGAAAAUAGAGCCCGGUACAAGUCUUGUGUCAUGCGUGAAAAGUGAGCGCCAAAAUUCAAGCACUACUAUCCACCUUCCUGACAGCACACAGGACAUCGGCAGCCCAAGCUUGACUCAACUCAGCCCAUUGGACACCAGCCCCCAGGAUGUUCGGCCAAGCCUGCUGUCUCGCUGCGAACGUACCCUCCAGCGGUGUAGCCCGGGAAGAGAUUCCAAGACGCUGCUGCAAAACAUUCUCCAGCAUCAGCAGCCCACUUACUCGGCGCUGUCCACCCUUUGCAAUCCGGCUGUCUCAUGCAGCAGCUCAGGCUCCCUUCCCCCAAGUCCUGCUGACAGCGGAGUGUCGGACGUGGACAGCAGCAGCGGUACGCUCAGCAAUGACGAGUCCAAGGCGCGGUUACAAAGCACCCCUGUUCCACCCCCGCUGACUCCUGAAUCUCCAAGCCCGAGCGGACUGGGCUAUAUCCCCCCAUACUGCCAGACCGGCGUUACACCUCACGCAUCUCAGCACUACAGCAACCGGCCUCCAACAUAUGCCGAACUGCAGCACCUGUACCCCCCGCAAGCGCACUACCGGCCGGGAGGUUCUCUCGGCUCAGUAGUGCCUCAUGGGGGCAGCACCCAGGCCAGCUACCUUGAGGCAGCAGCACUCAAGAGCCCAAGCCACACCCUCGCGUACCCCACACCUGUAGCUCAGCACCCUGGUCUGCCCUUGGCCUUGACCCAGCGUGCAGGCUUGCUCCAUCCAUCAGGCAUCCCCACCUCAGUUAUCACCGCCCACACACCCAACGAGGACAUGGGAUACUUUGUUGAGGACCUCUCUUUCCAGCCACCCACCAAAAAGAAAGGAAGGAAACCAAAAGCAAUGCUGCACGAUGCAGGGGGCCCCCUGAGUGGCUUGGCUUCCUCCUCGUCCUCAUCUUCUCUGAAGCAGCAGCGCAAGAGCCGCGAGGGAUCGACCACAUACUUGUGGGAAUUCCUGCUGAAGCUGCUGCAGGAUCGCGAUUACUGCCCCCGCUACAUCAAGUGGACCCACCGUGAGAAGGGUGUCUUCAAGCUGGUCGACUCCAAGGCUGUCUCCCGCCUCUGGGGCCUGCACAAGAACAAGCCCGACAUGAACUACGAGACCAUGGGACGGGCGCUCAGGUACUACUACCAACGUGGCAUCCUGGCCAAGGUGGAUGGACAGCGUUUGGUCUACCAGUUUGUCGAUGUACCCAAAGACAUAGUGGAGAUCGACUGCUCUGGGGCGUGACUGGGUGGCGCCAACACCCUGCAAGUGCAGAAUCUGGGACCCCAUGCUAUGUGUCUGUGAUGAGGAGAGUCUCUGCCGGCAACCCUCUCUCCACAAGAUAACAAUCCCUCCCCCUCCCUUUCUGGCCCAAACCUGCUGGAGCGGGAUUCUGGUGCAAAAAUAGAAGACAUCUGUGUAGAUGCGGAGGCCACUCCACGAUGACAGAGACAAUGGACAUAACAUUAUGACUAGUGAGAGUGGUUCCGCGGCACUGCGGGCCUACAGGACCCGCCCCAACAACCACAAGUCCCAAAUGGUGCUGCAAGCCCUUCUGAUAGCUGCUGCUUGGAACUUUGUGCUGGCCUUGGCAGUCACUAUAUGCGGUCUUGGUUGGGGCUGCUGGCUUUGCCUGCGGAGGAAGGAGUACCUGUGCUUUUUUUUCCUUUUUUUUUUCUUCUUGGAUGCAACAUCCACUGCCUGUAGUGGCCUACUGGUGGACAGGAAUCCAUGUUUCAGAGAUAUCACAAAGCUAUUAUUGACAGAGAGAGGUACAGAGAGAUACUAUAUAAGAGAUAUACUACCUAUCACAGUUUAUGUGGACACAGAAUGGUGUUUUCCUUGUGGGUGCAGACCUCAGCAAGAGCUUCUUUUACCAGGGUUUAGAUACAGAUGGGCCAUGGUUGUCUUGUCAUUGGAGCUGUCAGUUUAGUCGGGUAUUGUCCAUUGCUUGGACAAGAGGAAGUCAACAAACGUGUUAUCACAGCAUUACAUCUGAAUCGCCACACAAUGGAAAUAUAACACAGACUAGUUAGAAAUCCUUUACUUUGUUCGAGUUUGAAUGAAAGGACACAAUUGGAAACCCAGCAACAUUCUGCUCAUACUGCAUGCUCAUACUGUCACCGACGAAACGAGGCAGCUCCAAUGCUAGUAGUGUAUGAACAGUGUGCCUGCAGUUUUUACAAGUGCAGCAGAAGCGACCCCUAGCCAUGGCAUUGUUUCGAGGCUCACAUUUGCACAUCAGGUGCAGAGCAGAUGGCAUUGCUGAUGGGAGCACUCUUAGCAUUCAUUGGGCAGAACAAAAGCACUUGGCACCAGAGGAAUCGUCGCAUGUUUGUUGCUAUUGUUCCUCAGAAGGCCUGAGCUCACCACGUCUGUCUGCUCUUGGAACAGAUUUGUGUCUCGUGAUCCCCUCUUUGUGCCGAUGUUUCUGGAUGUGUCCUUUGUUUGUUUCCUGCUCCACUUUGUUGUCGUGCUAGGUGCCUGGCCACUACUUGCUGACCAGUAUGGUGUUGUUUCAAGGGAAUCAAAAUCGCAAUUAUCAGCUCCACGUAUCCACUUCACUGUGUCUCUUCACCCAGGAACGCAGUGGAGGGGUAAGAAAAAAAAAAGGCAGAAUCGUCUAAUUUAGGCAAAGGGCAACAUGUAGCAUAGCCGUGACAUGCAUGUUUGUUGAAGGUGCCGCGUACAGACCCAAGUGUUUUGGAAAUGCCAUCACAUGCCGUCCCCCGAUUGCUGGAUACAAUCCAUAGCCUUCGGAAGAAAAGGUGGAAAGUGCUUUGAAGUGAAGUGCCGACAGGAAAGUGCUUGAGACUUUUUUUUGAAGUGAAAGUCUCCGUGUGAGAAUGUUGUUGAGUUUGAGGACGAGUCUGUUGCAGAGUUUAUAUAAAGAAUGCAUAAAGCAAAUAAAUUCUAGUAGCAACCACUUUACACAAACCACAUUGUACAUAAGCUCAGAAGAAUUAUUUGCACAUGCCUCUUUUAUGAGUGCACAGGGCGGUAUUGGGCCCAACAUGCCAGAGGACUCUGGCGUUAUUGGAGCUGAGAAAGGAGCUUUUAUUUUUUUCCUGGAAAUUCUUUAUUGCUAUGGGAAGACCAUAGUUCCAUGUGUCUGCAUUCUCCGAGCAUCUUUCAGUGGAUUUCUGCCUCGUCUUUCCGCCUAGAAGCUCCAAUUAUUUCUCAACUUGCGUGACAGCAGUCAAUUGAAAUGAAGCUUGCAAAUCUAAAAAUUCUUGGUUAGUUUACCUGUAGACCUCUAAGAAAAGCCAGAGUCCUCUUCAAGCAUUUGGGACCCUCUUGGCGGCUGAGGGGUGGCCAGAACACACACAGUGAUCCUUCCAGUUUACAUUAUUGUACAUAUUAGCCAAUGACAUCAGAACAUAAGAAAAUGUGAACCAAUGCUGUACUAUACAGUUGUGUGCACUAUGUAUCUCAAGUCACAAAAAAAAAAGCAUUUUCAUUGUGGUUUACUUAAAUGAAAGACGUCGUCCUACAAAGAAGCAGUGGGAGGGACACUUAAGAUAUGUGUGUGCUUCACAAGGAUGUGUUUUUCUUUUAGCUUCAUCUUCGCAAAAAAUAAAAUGCCUGUACAUCUUGGGGGUCUUUCCUGUUUUGGUAACAUUGCUUCACCUAUGUCCCGUUUCUCUCAGCUCCACCCCCCCCCCCCUUGUUUUUUUUCUUUUGCUCCUUGCAUUGUAUAAACAUGCGACAUCAGUUUGGCAUACGUCACCUCUCCCCCAAGCGGGCAGAGACAUGGAAGUACACUUGUGAGAUUCCAUGCUUUUAAAAUAUAUUUUCAUGUGUUGUGCUUUGUACAUACCUAUGUCCUAAUAAAUUUAAUGUACUACUUUGGGAACAAA